AUGGCGGCUCAGAAACACGGAUCAAGGAAAUUCUACGAUAUUCCGAGUGAAGAAUUAUCAAAUUUGCGGCUAAGGUCUCAGCGAAAGAAGAAAGGAAACAACGAGAAGCUUCUAAAGUACAUUGAACGUAACUGUAUUGGAAAAGACUUGACGUUUUCUGGGCCAUAUGGGCGAAGAAAUGUGACGUAUUGUGACUACACAGCAUCGGGAAGGUCCUUGACAUUCAUUGAGGAUUAUAUCAGAGAGCAAGUCUUGCCCCAUUAUGGUAACACACAUACAACUACAACUGUAACCUCAUUACAAACCACUCUGUAUCGGCAUGAAGCAAGGGAUAUCAUCAGGAAUGCUGUGAAUGCCAGUGAGAAUGAUUCAGUGGUGUUUGUUGGUAGUGGUGCAACAGCAGCUGUUCACAAGUUAAUCCAUGCUUUAGACUUCAAACGACCCCCAAUAGUUUUUGUUGGACCGUUUGAACAUCAUUCAAACCUCCUACCAUGGAAAGAAGUAGGAGCUGAGGUUGUGUGGAUUCAGCAGAACUCAGAAGGCUUAGUUGAUCCAUUAGACUUGGAAUUUAAACUUAAGCUUCACUCUUCAAAAAGUAGGCAGCUGAUUGGCUGUUUCUCCUCAGCCUCUAAUGUGACAGGAAUUUUAACAGACACCAAUGCUGUAACUGCCUCUUUGCACAGACAUGGUGCUCUGGCCUUCUGGGAUUAUGCUACAGCGGGUCCCUAUGCAGAAAUCAACAUGAAUCCUUUGGUAACCAGUGAUGACCAAGGACUUGUCUACAAAGAUGCAGUUUUCAUUUCAACGCACAAGUUUGUGGGUGGUGUAGAAAGUCCAGGUAUCCUUGUGGCAAAAAAGAAUCUGUUUGUGAACCCUGUUCCAUCAGGUUGUGGCGGUGGAUCAGUGUUUUUUGUUACAAAGAACACCCACAGAUACCUGAAAGAGAUAGAGACGAGAGAAGAAGCUGGCACUCCAUCUAUUGUAGGUUCCGUGCGAGCCGGCCUUGCAUUUCAACUGAAACAGGAAAUCGGUUCAGAAAACAUUAUGGCCAUCGAACAAGACUUAUGCAGGAGAGCGCUGGCUGCCUGGAGCAACAGCAGAAAUAUUGUUCUUCUAGGGAACACAUCAGUCCCUCGACUUCCCAUCUUCUCGUUCCUCAUAAAGGAUCCAUGCUCUGGAAUGUUCUUACAUCACAAUUACGUGUGUGCCCUACUCAAUGACGUGUUUGGAAUACAGGCCCGUGGAGGCUGUGCUUGUGCGGGUCCCUAUGCACAGAAUCUUUUAGGAAUAGACGAGAAACUGGCUAAGGAGAUUGAAAACCUUCUUUUGGAAGACAGUCGUUUGGACAGAGUUCAUCUUCGACGAUACCACGAAUACUCCGAACGGGAAAUUUUAAGGCCAGGUUUUGUUCGCCUUAAUUUGCCGUACUUUAUGUCGCACGCUGCUGUUGAGUUUGUUCUCAAAGCGGUGGAGAUGGUGGCCAAACACGGCUGGAUGCUUCUUCCGCAGUACAUGUUCAACCCAGAGACGGGAGAAUGGAAACACAGAAAACAUCAGGUGUUCCGCGACCGGAAGUGGCUUGGUUCAAUCUCUUAUUCAGAGGGUCACAUGACUUACCCAUCAUCCCUAGGGAUCGCAAAAGAGCCUCCAGGUUCCUACAUGGAAUGUCUCUUGGAAGCUGAAGAAAUAUUCCGUAAAGCAGCUACCGACAAGCUUGUUAAUAGUGUUGGUGAUCAGACGUUACUUUUCGGCGAAGAGGGUGAAAGAUACCGCUGGUUUCUACUCCCCAGCGAAGUGGCGCAGUUACUGGGCGGGAAAAGUCCCGCGCAUUUUCCUAUGACGCCACCGUUUUCUCCGCCACAUUGGAAUAAUGUUCCAGAAGGAGCUGAUUCCUGUUGUGCCAAGUGCUUGGAGCCUUGUAAUGGGAAUUAUGUGAGCCCCAUGGAAAAGUGUACUUUGAAGUCACCUGAAAAUCUCGUUUCCCGCGAAGAAAAUGACAGUGAUGUUAAAGGCGUUGUAGACUGUACAAGUGUUUCGGGUCAAGUGAACGGUGCAAACAUGGACGAUUCAUUAUUAAAUAGUUGUAACUACGGUAACAUUACAGAAAAGGAUAUUUCUACUCUUCUGUGUACGGAUGAAAUUUUAGAUUCAGCAGCAAGUUUUUGUGUUAAUUCUGGCCAAGCUGACACCUGUUAUUCUACGAAAUUUGAGGCUAGAAGUGUAGAUACAAAACAUGGAGUUAAUACUGUUUUGGAAGAGGGAACUCAUGGAGUUGAAUCCUUUGGAGAUGAUUGCAUUGUUAUUCCCAGUGAGGAAAAAUCACCCGAAAGCAGUGUAACAAAUGACAGUGAACAAUCGAAUAAACUCCAUAAGAAACUGGUCGAGUCUCUUGUUGACAACCUAGAAAUGAAAACAGUAUUUGAAAACGCUGGUCUUAAUUCGGUAGCAGAGUCUUCGUCUGCAAGUGAGUUGAUUUCUGGAAAUGGUGACGCCUCGGCGAGUUCAAAAACAGUUUGUCAAAGAAAAGGGAGAAAAAACAAACAAAAGGAAGUGGUGACUGGAAAACCACAGUUCCAUCAUCCGCCAAAGAGCAUUUUCAAGCCGACUUUAGAGGCCUUGGAAGAGUACGACAUGAUUCAUGAUGGAGACCGGGUGAUGGUGUGUCUGUCAGGAGGCAAAGACUCGCUCUCUUUACUGCACGCGUUACGCCAGUAUCAAUUCUACAGCAGAUCUAAGGGCAUUAAUUUCGAACUUGGAGCCGCAACCGUAGAUCCUCAGUCACAAGGGUAUGAUCCCAAACCUUUGGUUCAGUAUUUAGCAGCUCUUGCUGUUCCUUACUUCUUUGAAGAGCAAGGUAUCAUUCAACAGGCCGCCCAGCUUACUGUCUGUGAAUCCAUCUGCAGUUUCUGUUCACGAAUGAAACGCGGCAGGCUAUACGCAUGUGCAAGACGAGGAGGUUACAACGUGUUAGCAAUGGGUCAACAUCUGGAUGACUUGGCUGAGAGCUUUUUGAUGUCAGCAUUUCACAACGGUCUCUUAAGAACAAUGAAGGCAAACUACACAGUCCUGGAAGGCGACUUGAGAGUUAUUAGACCUCUUGUUUACGUUCGUGAGAAGGAACUUCGUAAUUUUGCUGAAAAGGUAAAAUUACCUGUGAUUGCAGAGAACUGCCCUGCUUGUUUCGAAGCACCUAAGGAGCGUCAUAGAACAAAGCAGUUACUGGCAGCUCAGGAAAUAUUGUUCCCAGGUCUCUAUCACAGCCUGCUCACGGCCAUGAAGCCGUUGAUGGCUCGCGACCGAGUGGGCCUGGAGUCUAGCAAGAUGAAAGAAGGAAAUUAUGAAGACUUCCUUUGACACGAAAAACGAGAUCUGCUCAGCGCUAGAUUUUGUAUGAUGGACGUUUUGCAGAUGAUUGACUGAGAGGAUGGCGCUCGCUUUAAUUAAUCAAUCACAGAACUCUUAAAAUAAAACCAAUGCAUUCUGGGAUUACCUUCGACAGUUAAUUGAAGAUUGGUCAGGUUCUUAAACAAAUCACAAUCAAGACUCUUAAGAGGAGUGAAAUACGUCAGCUAUUUUAUUUAAAUGUCGCAAAUAAAGCUUCACAAAUGUGAUUCAAAAA